AUGCCUCUCCCUGUCCCCAUGGCCGCCCUGGCUGGUCGAGCGCCGGCUCUGCUCCGACACGGACGCAGAAUUCCCCAGACGCUCGCCGCGCGCUCCUUUUCCUCGGCUGCCGUUGUCGGCGCCUCUGCCAGGCACUCAAUUCGCCUCCAGCAGGCCAAGCGAUGUACCCCGACCGCCGCCCUCCGCUGCUACAGCGCCAGCAGCUCCCAGGAAGGCCCAAACCCCAAGGCCUACCUCGAGAGCGGCGUCAUCAAGCCCAAGCAGACGGUUGAUGUGAAAAAGGUCCUCGUCAUUGGCAGCGGUGGUCUUGCCAUUGGUCAGGCCGGUGAAUUCGAUUACUCUGCUAACCCCUUCACCCCAGGUUCGCAAGCUCUCAAGGCUCUGAAAGAGGCCGGUGUAGCUUCCGUGCUCAUCAACCCCAAUAUUGCUACGAUUCAGACCAACCACUCCCUCGCCGAUGAGGUCUACUACCUGCCAGUCACCCCCGAAUACGUCUCCUAUGUCAUUGAGCGCGAGAAGCCCGACGGCAUCUUCCUCUCCUUUGGCGGACAGACCGCCCUCAACCUCGGUGUCCAGAUGGAGCGUCUCGGCCUCUUUGAAAAGUACGGUGUCAAGGUUCUCGGCACCAGCGUUCACACUCUAGAGCUCUCUGAAGAUCGCGACCUCUUCGCCAAGGCCCUCGAGGAGAUCAAUAUUCCCAUCGCAAAGUCCAUUGCCGUCGGCACCAUCGACGAGGCUCUCGACGCUGCCGACAAGAUUGGCUACCCCAUCAUUGUCCGCGCCGCCUACGCCCUCGGCGGUCUCGGCUCCGGCUUCGCCAACAACAAGGAGGAGCUGCGCAACAUGGCCGCCCGCUCCCUCACCCUCUCGCCUCAGAUCCUCGUCGAAAAGUCGCUCAAAGGCUGGAAGGAGGUCGAGUACGAAGUCGUCCGCGACGCCAACAACAACUGUAUCACCGUCUGCAACAUGGAAAACUUUGACCCCCUUGGAAUCCACACCGGCGACUCCAUCGUCGUCGCCCCCAGCCAGACGUUGAGCGACGAAGAGUACCACAUGCUCCGCUCCGCCGCCAUCAAGAUUGUCCGCCACCUCGGCGUCGUCGGCGAGUGCAACGUCCAGUACGCCCUGCAGCCCGACGGCCUCGACUAUCGCGUCAUCGAGGUCAACGCCCGUCUCUCCCGCUCCUCGGCCCUCGCUUCAAAGGCCACCGGCUACCCGCUCGCCUACACCGCCGCCAAAAUCGGUCUCGGCCACACCCUGCCCGAGCUGCCCAACGCCGUCACCAAGACCACCACUGCCAACUUUGAGCCUUCUCUCGAUUACAUUGUCACCAAGAUUCCUCGCUGGGAUCUCUCCAAGUUCCAGCACGUCAAGCGCGACAUUGGCAGCGCCAUGAAGUCGGUCGGCGAGGUCAUGGCCAUUGGCCGUACCUUUGAAGAGUCCUUCCAAAAGGCCAUCCGCCAGGUCGAUCCCCGCUUCGUGGGCUUCCAGGGCGACAAGUUUGACGACCUCGACUUUGAGCUGCAGAACCCCACCGACCGCCGCUGGCUCGCCGUCGGUCAGGCUAUGAUCCACGAAAACUACUCGGUCGACAAAGUCCACGACUUGACCAAGAUUGACAAGUGGUUCCUCUACAAGCUGCAAAACAUUGUCGACUGCACCCGCGAGCUUGAGGCUGCCGGCGGCCUCCAGGCCCUGCAAAAGGACCAGGUGCUCAAGGCCAAGAAGAUGGGCUUCUCUGAUCGUCAAAUCGCCAACGCUGUCAAGAGCACCGAGGACGAGGUCCGCGCGUACCGUCUUGGCUUCGGUAUCCGACCCUGGGUCAAGAGAAUCGACACGCUCGCCGCUGAAUUCCCCGCCAAUACCAACUAUCUCUACACCACGUACAACGGCUCUUCGCACGAUGUCACUUUUGAUGACAAUGGUACCGUCAUUCUCGGCUCUGGUGUUUACCGUAUCGGUAGCUCCGUCGAGUUUGAUUGGUGUGCCGUCAGCGCCACUCAGGCUCUCCGCGACAUGGGCGAAAAGACGAUCAUGAUCAACUACAACCCGGAGACUUACAGCACCGAUUUCGACACCGCCGACAAGCUCUACUUCGAGGAACUCAGCUAUGAGCGUGUCAUGGACAUUUACGAGCUCGAGGCUGCCAAGGGCGUCGUUGUAUCCGUUGGCGGCCAGCUUCCCCAGAACAUUGCUCUGCGCCUACAGGAGACUGGUGGGGCCAAGGUGCUCGGCACCGACCCCAAGGACAUCGACAAGGCCGAGGACCGUCAAAAGUUUUCCGAGAUUCUCGACAGCAUCGGCGUCGACCAGCCGGCCUGGAAGGAGCUCACGUCGGUCCAGGACGCCGAGGCAUUUGCCCGCGAGGUUGGCUACCCUGUGCUCGUGCGCCCCAGCUACGUCCUCUCGGGCGCCGCCAUGACCGUCAUCCGCAGCCAGGAGGACCUCAAGGACAAGCUCGAGGCGGCUAGCAACGUGUCGCCUGACCACCCCGUCGUCAUCACCAAGUUCAUCGAGGGCGCGCAGGAGAUUGACGUCGACGGUGUCGCCUCCAACGGCGAGCUCGUCAUCCACGCCGUCUCUGAGCACGUCGAGCAAGCUGGCGUCCACUCGGGCGACGCCACGCUUGUCUUGCCACCCGCCAACCUCGACGACAGCAUCAUGCAGCGCGUCAAAGAUAUCGCCCAAAAGGUCGCCAAGGCCUGGAAGAUUACCGGUCCCUUCAACAUGCAAAUUAUCAAGGCCGACAGCCCCGACGGCGGUGAGCCGCUUCUCAAGGUCAUCGAGUGCAACCUCCGCGCGUCGCGCUCGUUCCCCUUUGUCUCCAAGGUGCUCGGCGUCAACUUCAUCGAGGUGGCCACAAAGGCUCUCGCUGGCAAGAACGUGCCCGCCCCGACGGACCUUAUGGCCGUCGAGCGCGACUACCUUGCCACCAAGGUGCCGCAGUUUUCCUGGACGCGCCUCGCAGGCGCCGACCCCUUCCUCGGCGUCGAAAUGUCGUCGACGGGCGAGAUUGCCUGCUUCGGCAAGACCCUCGUCGAGGCCUACUGGGCGUCGCUUCAGUCCACCAUGAACUUCCGCAUGCCCGAGCCCGGUGAGGGCUUGCUGUUUGGCGGCGAGGUGAGCGAAAAGUGGCUGACGACCAUCGUCGACUACCUCGCGCCGCUUGGCUACAAGCUCUACGCCGCCGGCGACGACGUCAAGCAGCUGCUCGAGCGCGAGUGCAAGGGCAACGUCACCGUCGAGGUCAUUGAGUUUCCCACCGACGACAAGCGUGCCCUUCGCGAGGUGUUUAAGAAGUACGACAUUCGCGGCGUCUUUAACCUGGCGCUCGCCCGCGGCAAGACGACCCAGGACGUCGACUACGUGAUGCGCCGCAACGCCGUCGACUUUGGCGUCCCUCUGUUCAUGGAGCCCAAGACUGCUAUGCUCUUUGCCCAGUGCAUGAGCGAGAAGCUGCCCCGCUCCGAGGGCAUCCCCUCUGAGGUCCGUCGCUGGUCCGAGUUUAUCGGAGGCAAGCCUUUGUAA